UAAACUUACCAAUACUAAAUUAAUGCUACAAUGCUUUUUGUCUGCUCUUUUCUGUUCUUCAUCUCAAGAUUGGCCGCUACACAAAACACUAUCACUCCAGGUCAAUCCAUGAGAGAUAAUGAGACGCUGAUUUCAGCAGACGGAAGCUUUGAGCUUGGAUUUUUCAGUCCUGGUAAUGCAAGAAGCCGAUAUUUGGGAGUUUGGUAUAAGAAGGUAUCAAGCAGGACUAUUGUGUGGGUAGCAAAUAAAGAAACUCCAAUUCUCACUAAAUCAGGAGCUUUACGCUUGGAUAACAAAGGAAAUCUCAUCCUCCGCAAUGGCAAGGAUGGUGUAGUUUGGUCAUCCAACAAUACAUCAAGGACACAGCAGAAUCCGGUAGCAAAGCUCCUAGAUUCAGGAAAUCUUAUUGUCAGAGAUGGUAAAGAUAACAUGCUAUGGCAAAGUUUUGAUUAUCCAAGUGAUACCAUGCUUCCAGGUAUGAAACUUGGAAGAAACCUUGCCACGGGAUUAAAUUGGUUUCUAACAACUUGGAAGAACUCAAAUAAUCCAGCACCUGGUGAGUUUUCGUUUUGGAUCGAUCCUCGUGGGUUUCCCCAGCUGGUUAUUACAAGCAGAACAGCUAUACGGUUUCGACUUGGGUCGUGGAAUGGUCUUCAGUUUACCGGAACUCCUCAGGUGAGACAAAAUCCAUUAUACAAUUUUCAAUUUGUAUCAAACCAGCAUGAGAUCUAUUACACGUAUGAGCUCCAAAACAAUUCGGUUGCGUCAAGGGUGGUGCUGAAUGAGACAGGAAUUCUACAGCGGUAUGUUUGGAUAGAUAGAACACAAAUAUGGAAUCUUUUCUUUACGGUGCCAAUAGAUCAAUGUGACAGCUAUGCAUUUUGUGGUGCAAAUGCAAUCUGCAACAUUGGUAGCUACCCUGUUUGUGCAUGCUUGGAAGGGUUUGUCCCCAAAUCCCCAUCAGAUUGGAAACAGGCUGAUUGGUUAGAUGGAUGCGUUCGGAGGACUAAACUCGAUUGUCAUAGUGGAGAUGGAUUUUGGAAGCUCACAGGGCUAAAAUUACCUGACACAUCUUCUUCUAUGGUUAAUGAGAGCCUAAGCCUGAAAGAAUGCAAGGCAUUGUGCCUUAGAAACUGUUCAUGUGUAGCGUGUGCAAAUUCAGAUGCAAGAGGUGUCGGAAGUGGCUGCCUGCUUUGGUUCGAUAAGCUGACUGACAUUAGACAUUUCGUUGAAGGUGGGCAAGACCUCUACAUACGGAUGGCUGCUUCAGAAUUAGCUUGGAUUGAAGCAAAAAAGAAAUCAAAUGAGAGGAAAAAAGACGCAGUUGUAGUUAGUUGUCUCAUUUUUAUUAUGGGAAUGCUAAUGUCAACAUUGCUUUUUUAUAUGCGAAAGCAAAAACAAGGAAUGAGGAACCAUGAUGACAUGAAGGAUUAUGAUAAAGAUAGUGCAAUGGAAGAGAUGGAAUUACCAAUCUUUGAUUUAGUAAUUGUGAAGAAUGCCACUAACAACUUUUCAAGAAAUAAUAAACUGGGAGAAGGUGGCUUUGGACCCGUAUUCAAGGGUACAUUAUUGGACGGGCAAGAAAUAGCGGUGAAAAGGCUUUCUGAAACUUCCAGACAAGGAAGAGAAGAGUUCAAAAAUGAAGUCAAAUUGAUUGCGAAGCUUCAGCAUAGAAAUCUUGUAAAGCUUCUUGGCUGUUGCAUUGAAGGAGAGGAAAAAUUGUUGAUCUAUGAAUACAUGCCCAACAAAAGCCUGGACUUCUUUACUUUUGAUAAAACAAGAUGCAAAUUACUAGAUUGGCAUAGACGCUUCCAUAUUAUCGAGGGGAUUGCCCGUGGACUUCUCUAUCUUCAUCAAGACUCAAGACUAAGAAUCAUCCAUAGAGAUUUGAAAGUUAGUAAUAUUUUACUUGAUAGUGAUAUGAAUCCAAAAAUUUCUGAUUUUGGAUUGGCAAGAACAUUUGGAAGAGAACAAAGUCCGACAAACACGAAUAGAGUUGUUGGGACAUAUGGUUAUAUGCCACCUGAGUAUGCCAUUGAUGGUCUCUUCUCAGUAAAAUCCGAUGUUUUUAGUUUUGGUGUUAUAAUUUUAGAAAUAGUCAGUGGAAAGAGAAAUCGAGGAUUUUCCCUUGGAGGUCUUGGUCACAACCUUCUUGGAUAUGCAUGGAGGCUGUGGGUGAAAGGGAGGCCUUUAGAACUAAUUGAUAAUUCAUUAUAUGACUCGUGCGGUCCAUCUCAGGUUCUACGAUGCAUCCAGGUGGGCUUGUUAUGUGUGCAACAGCUGCCAGAGGACAGGCCGAAUAUGUCAACUGUGGUUUUAAUGUUGGUAAGUGACACUUUUCUGCCUCAGCCAAAGCAGCCUGGUUUUUACACUGAGAGAAAUCCAUAUGAAGCAGAAUCUUCGUCGAGGAAAGAAAGCAAUUAUUCAGGAAAUGAAAUCACCACUACCAUAAUAGAUCCUAGAUAGAAAUUGAAAUCUCCAUUUUAUUUUCCCCCUUUUAUCCAUGCUGUUCCUUUUUGAUUUUAAACAUAUUUAUAAAUACAAGUAUUUAUGCAAUGCAUUUUUAGUGUUUACUUCUGAUA